UUUGCUGACAAAAUUUGGAAGUUUCUCUUUUUUUCCUUUUUUAGACCACAACCAGAUUUAUCUUGACUGAAUGCGAGAUUACCGACAACAUAUUUCGUUCGAAUUACAGAUUCAUUAUUAAAACCGCUUAUCCAUCGUAUUUGUUUUUAAUCAAUAAUGUGUAAUUUCAAUGCAAUAUGCUGUCAUAGUAAAAAACUCCGUCAGUGCAUUCACAGUGCCACAACGAGCACAGUCACGUCGAAGAACUCCACAAUGUCGCCAUCAUCUCGGGAAACAAAUUUGGGUUGUGAAUGCAAUGAUACGAGCAUAGCAGCAUCUUCUAAAGCAUCGCGUCGCAAUGGAUCUUCGCUGUCAAGUUCCGCAAGCUUGCCCCCAUCAAAUUCAACAAAGAUGCCACCGCAGCGCUUAUGCAAAGUUCCCAUUUCGAUGGCAGCAAAUCAAAGAAAUGCAGUCUUACCUCGUGCUACAAAUUGUACAGUAGAUCAAGGCACCGCAACGCCAAGAGAUAGUUACUUCCUCUUUGAACGAAUCAUCAAUCAAGCUUUUCCGCAAUGCAGAAACAAUUCGAGCUCUUGGAAUUGUUGCCAUUGCCAUUGUAAUUGUCAACUGCGAAAAAUGGCAGCACGGCAAAGGGCUGAAUUAAAUUCGAAUAAUUCGUCAAUGCAGCAAGAACCGGCUGAAGUCAAACCCAAGGAAAAGCCCAAGCGAAUUAUGAAAUACCUGAGAGAAAAAAAACUCAAGCAGGAAGGCCAGCUUGAACCCCGUUGUUAUGACACUAAGGCGCUAGAAAAAGCUCGGCUAGUUGAAUCACAGACCAAGAGCAAGCCAAAGCGAAAGAUUAAGCGAAAAGUGGUAGUAAACCAUGUCAUACCAGAAAAAGAAGAAGGGAAGGACAUGUGGUUUGAGUGUAAUGUGCCACUACGUGUUAGCAUACCAACAAACAUUUGUUUCGGAGGCACUCCCUGGGAUCUAUUACAAUCGAUGACGAACACACUUCCAGCAAAUAAUAACAAUCUAAAAGCACUACCAGAGCCCAACGCUAAAACAAAGAACUUAGCAAAACCAGCUACAAAGGUUACUCCACCUAUAGCAACAUCACAUGAGGUGGCACGUCAAUUAUGCAUCACGAUUCGUCCCAUUGGCCUUGCACCGAAUGUGUGUCCACCGACUGCCAGUGAACCUCCAGAGAAUGUUAAUCUGCCUUUAAAACAAGCAAAGAGACCGCAAUCGCUGCCUCCACCGAAUUUACCUCCUUUAGCUUUUUGUCCGCCUUCUCGUGCUUCGUCUCCUGAUGCCUUGCCCUUUCUUUCAGGCACUCCUAUUUCUCCAGUUGCAAAAGAACUUCCCCCGCAUGUAAAGAAGCUGCCUUUAAGGAAAAAGAUUGAGGCUACAAAACACAAGAAGCUAACUAAUGAAAACUCAAGAGAUUCUUCUACAAGAAAAGGACUCGAUUGCUUUUUAAGAAAUUGUAAGAAUCGGGGAUUGUCACUAGAGAGUAUUCGAAAAGAUGAUACGGUUAGGAAAACUGAGGAUCGAAAAAUGUGCAAAAAAAAUUGUAAGAGAUGCAAAACAAGGAAACUGAGUCAUCAGAGCCAAGAAGCAAAUGAGGAGGGCAAUAGAGCUUUUCCUCGAAUUGAAUCAAAGUCUCUAGUAAAUGAAGAUGCAAAUAGCAAAGAUGCUACUUCUCCGCGAGAAUCUGAAACGAGUUUAAAGUUCAGCAAGAAUUCAAAACAGUCGCAAGAAUAUACUCGCAAAUGUUGUGAGCUAUCAUUACAAGAAAAUAAGAAUAAAGCUCGAGAAAGUCAAUUCCAAAGAAUACAAGAAAAAAAUUUAAUUAUGGAUAAUAAUCGGAAAAAGUGUCAAAAUUGUAUUCAUAAAAAUGCAGAAUUACCAUUGAAAACAACUGAUGAAUAUAUUUUUCAAAAUGGGUCUGAAUCGAAUAAUAUUCAAAAAGAAAAGAAAACUAAUUUAGAAAUAAAUAAAAAUAAAAAUGAAUGCAGAGCUCCUUGUCGAAAAGAAUCCGAGUUAUUCUUGACCGAUAGAAAAAAUCGAGAAUAUUCUGAUGAAUCAUUAUUAAACUCUAAAACUCAUAAAGGUCAAUCCCAAAGAAUACAAGAAAACAAUUUAAUUAUGGAUAAUAAUCGGAAAAAGUGUCAAAAUUGUAUUCAUAAAAAUGCAGAAUUACCAUUGAAAACAACUGAUGAAUAUAUUUUUCAAAAUGGGUCUGAAUCGAAUAAUAUUCAAAAAGAAAAGAAAACUAAUUUAGAAAUAAAUAAAAAUAAAAAUGAAUGCAGAGCUCCUUGUCGAAAAGAAUCCGAGUUAUUCUUGACCGAUAGAAAAAAUCGAGAAUAUUCUGAUGAAUCAUUAUUAAACUCUAAAACUCAUAAAGGUCAAUCCCAAAGAAUACAAGAAAACAAUUUAAUUAUGGAUAAUAAUCGGAAAAAGUGUCAAAAUUGUAUUCAUAAAAAUGCAGAAUUACCAUUGAAAACAACUGAUGAAUAUAUUUUUCAAAAUGGGUCUGAAUCGAAUAAUAUUCAAAAAGAAAAGAAAACUAAUUUAGAAAUAAAUAAAAAUAAAAAUGAAUGCAGAGCUCCUUGUCGAAAAGAAUCCAAGUUAUUCUUGAAUGAUAGAAAAAAUCGAGAAUCUUCUGAUGAGUCAUUACUGAGUGGAAAUGUUCUUAAUUUACAAACAGGAUCGAAAAUAAAUUCUAGAUUUCAUAAAAAUCUAUGUAAAUGCGAAAAAGGAACUGAAAUAUCCUUGAAUGAUAACAAAAGAACGAAUUCCGAUUUAUCUAUAAAAGUUAGUAAGAAAGCGUCUGAAACAAAUUCGAGAAUAAGCAAUAAUCAAAACAAGUUUCAAAAUGAGGAAAAAAGUGCUCUAGUAGGGUCACAAAUUUCAAUAGAUGAGGAUAGAAAAACGGACAGACAAAAUAAAAAUCUAAAUCUAAAUUCUGAUUCAAACGUUUCGGAUGGGAGAGAAAGUGAGGCCAAAGAUAAAACAAAAGAAGAAUAUGAUGCUCAAAGCACAUCUACAAAAAAUUUAAGAAUGAGUAAGAAUCAAAAAUAUGAAAACGCAGAAACUUUCUCAAACAAAAAUGCGGAUGGAGUGCUUAGAAAUGAUUCUUCACAAAAAGCAUUCGAUACAUAUUUAGUAAGUCGGGAUGCAACAAAAGUGGGUCCCUCAAGCAAUCGGCUAUCUCAUAAAAACUCCCGAGAUAAUUUAAGCAUAAGGUCGAGUCGAAAGGACUCGCGAGAUUUGCGAAAAAAAUAUAAGGAAAAAGAUUCAAGAAGUGAUAAUCCAGGUGCAUUAUAUAAGUCGGCUCACAGCAAUGUUAGAGGAAAUAUUUCUGGCAAAGAAUCUAAAAAAUAUUCACUAAGUAAGCCUAAGACUCAAUUGAUAGACAGAAGGUAUAAGGUCGAUAGGAAGAAGUCUGAUGAAACUCUUAGAAAAAAAUCAGGUGAAUCGCCUCGACCAAGUCAGGAAAAUAAUGCAAUUGAAUUGACCUUCCGUCAAAAAAUGCAGACUUUCUUGAGUUCAUUUGCUCCUUCGUUAGGAGUUUUAUCAAAGAUUUCUCAAACAUUGAGGAAGCAUUCAGCAACCGAAGCAAAUAUUUUAAAUCCCAAUGAAACAACGAAUCGCUUAGUGGUCACAAUGAAUAAGCAAAUCGAUAGCUUAGAAAAAUCCUUUAUUUCCCAAAAAUCUGAGAGAUCUGAGGUAAGACGGAGGUCUGAAAAUCGAGGCAGUGAUUCAAGUAGAUUCACCAGUAAAUCUAUGAUACAUCAAGAAAGAGACGAUGCUGCUGAAACUAAAGAUUGUUUUAAAGGCGAUCAGAAUUUAGAAUUGAACAAAUCAGAUACAUUUAUGCAAUCCAAGCGAGGGUCAUCAAAAAACAAUACCAAAGACGUGACAAACUCUAAGGAAUCGCACAACUCCCGGAGAGGACAAGACUCUAGUCAUAAAUCAAAGAUAAUAGGAAGCUCUGAGAGCCAGUUUCGAUCCACAGCAGGUCGAAGUCAAACCAAUUUGAAAUUGAAUCGAGUUGUAUCACAAUUUUUGAAUAGUUUCUCCGAGCUUUACAAUGAAUCCCUAAAGCAAAAUAAGGAUAAGUUUAACUAUAUUAGAGGUGGAGAUAAUCAUCGAAGAAGUAGACGCAGUUCACAUGCGCAAUUAAAUGAGGAACGGAAGAAUAGAGCAGAGUUGCAUCAAAAUCUUAUAGAGUUGAUAAAGCAGCACAAUAUGCGCUUCGAUCAGAAUUAUGAAAAAUCUAGGAGAACAAACAAAGUUCCUAUAUUGAACGCAGAUGAAUCUAACCUUUUUGAAAUAGUUCGCAGCUUGCCAUUGUCGCAACAAAAUGAUGAAUGGCUUGAAUAUGAUCAUGCGACAUCAGAUAUUGAUAGUCGUGAACUAACUGCGACUCGGCAGAAAGUUCGUGAACAGCAACGUCGGACGUCGGAUGAUAAUGUAAAAGUCAAAAUCAAAAAUAAAUACCGCAACCGUAAAGAAAAUAAACAAGAGGAUUUGAAGAUAUGUUUAUUAAGGCAAGAGAAUGAUGACUCCCCUCCGGUGUUAGAGGAAUACAAUGUGGCUGGCUUUACGCGAAGCCACAGCUCACAUCCUUUGCAGAAAGGCGGAAAGGAUAAUCGAUAUGAGACACUUUGCUCCUCAAGAAAAUGGGAAAAUCUAAGUGCUAUUGACGAGAAAAAUAUGAAAGUCGUAUUGACAGACCUCCAAAGGUUCUGCAAGAAAAACUCCAUCAACAGCUACAAUGAUGACAACCGCAAGCCUGUGGUCUUGGUGCCCUUUCGACCAGACAGCCAACAUCACGGAGUGCUCGGCAUGUGCAAACCCGAUGAGUGGAGAGAGCUGAAGUUGUCCAAAUGUUGCAAGUUAGAAAAUCGAACAAAAAAACAACCUUCUGAAUCAUCAAACAUUUUCCUUAAAAAUAAGAGAUUAACUGGACGAUAUAAGUCAACUCCAAGUCGUGAGUCGAAGUUACAACGUUCGGAUUUCUCUUCAAAGCAAUGCCAGUGCUCUAAACGUCAAUCGGAACUAAUCGCAAGAAAACACUGUUUAUUAUAUAGAACCGAUUCGGGGAUACCACAAUCUCACCAACGUGGUGAAACAAAACCGUCUGGGUCCCAACGAGUCUCUCAUUCAUUUCAAAAUAACAACAAAGAGCAAUUGGCAAAUAAUCCAUCUAAAUCACCAGAGAAUGUUGCACGGUCAUCACCAACUGAGGAAACACAGCAAGAGACCCAAGAAAAGUCAGCUGAAAAUCCAGAAAAGGGCUCAACCCCAAGAAAUGAUAAAGGCGAAUUACAAAGUACUCCAUCUAAAUCUCUUAAUGCACACGCAUCUCACAGUGAAGAACGACACUCUCUUACGUAUUCCUCACAUUUUGUGACAUCUCAAUCUGAUCAAAGCACUGGGCCUAAUUCUUUAUCUUAUGAUUCGGUCCCUUCAAAAGUCGCUAGCAGAAUUUCCUGGAAUCGGGCGAAGCAAGCACGGUAUCGCUCUAAGUCUCCAAUAUCGAAAUCCUCUUUAAGAGCAAGAAGGCGAUCAGAAUUGCUCAAAUCACGCUCUCAUCGAAGUGAUAAACGCGAAAGUUUUGAGGAACCGAAAUAUUUCAAAUUUGGAAUUCAACCUUCUGCGCGAACAAAUAGACACCAACCUGAAGAAAAACAAUCGCGGCAACGAAAUCGAUCGGAACAGACGGAAAAAACUUCUAGGGGUGGAGAUAAGGUAAAUCGUUUUAAGGAUGAACAUCAAGUAAGACGUGAUCUUUCUAGAAAUCAACAAACGGAACCAAAUUAUACUGCUGACCAUAAUGCAAAUCGUUUUAAUAAUGAUCACCGAGUAAGACGUGAUCAUUCUGAUUCUAGCCUUAGAAACCAACAUAUGGAGAAAAGUCCCAGUGCUGCACAAAAUAUAAAUCGUUUUAAGGAUGAGCAUCGGGAAAGGCGUGAUAUUUCUAGUUCAAGCAUUAGGAAUCAACAAUCGCAGUCGUCAAUUCGAUCUGGUAAAAUCAAAAGAUCUAUCAGUUUCAGUAGUGAACAACAAGUACAACGUGAAGACUCAAAGUCUCAGAUAUCUCACGGUAAAGUUCAGCAAAUGCAGAAGCAUGCUGAUGAAGAAGAGCGACUUUAUCAUCAAAGACCCAAAUCACCAGCAUGUCCAGGGGAACAUAACUCGCGAAAUGUUGAGCAAUCACCAAGUUCCCAUCAAAGGGAAACUCAUGCAACAAUAGAUGACGUUAAGAUUAUUAUGAAGCCGCGCCCCUUGCGGUCAACCAGUGCUGAAGAUCUAACAGCAUUGGAAACAACAGCAGCAGCACCUUUAUGUGCGUCGAUUGAACACACACAUCUAGAACAGGAUAGUCUACAAUAUUGCGAUUGCAUAAACAACUACAGAGAACUGAAGCGCCAACAGGAGUUGCAAUUGCAAGAGAUAUUCAGGCAGACGAAUGAAGCAUAUGAGAGAUGCUUGGAAAGACAGCGACAAUUGCAGGGAACGGAGACAAUUAAGUGCGGUGUACAGCAACAUGGGCCAAAAACUAAUUCAUGUGUUGAUCAAAUGCAACAGCAGCAAUACAUUGAACUACAGCAGCGACAAGUAGCUCAGCAGCAGUGGCACGAGGCACAGCAGCAACUGCAGCGGCAACUGCAGCAGCAACAGGAGCAGGAUCAGCAACGACUUAGGUAUCAGCAGGAGCAACAUAUACAAGUAGAAGAAGAAUGCAAUUGUAAAUAUAGGCAACAGCAUUCAGAUAGCAGUCAAGCUUCCGCUUAUACGCAUCAGCAACAACAGUCUAACCAUCAAUAUAUGCAGCAGCAGCCAUCAGAUGUCAGUCAUAUUUCCGCCUAUUUGCAGCAACAACAACAGCGUCAUCAUCAAUAUAUGCAAAAUCAACAGCAUCCGCAUUCAGAUAUCAAUCAAGCUUCCGCCUGCUUGCAUCAGCAACAACAGAAUCAUCAUCAAUGUAUACUACAACAGCAACAGCUGCAACAAUUGCAACAGUUGCAACAGCAGCAACAGCAGCAACAAUUGCAACAGCAGCAACAACUGCAACAAUUUCAUAACCAGCAACAAUUUCAUAACCAGCAACAAUUACAACAGCAGCAGCAACAAAUGCAACUCCAAACAGAGACUUUGUGCCCUUGUAAUAAUUAUAUGAUAGCUUCACCCCAAAACGCUUUGCAGGCUCGUAGCUAUUUCACUGAUUCAAUUGCCCCUGCACUAGAUAUAGGAGGUGUGUCGUCUAGUUUCUAUCGACAAACUUUGCUUAAAUAUGGCAUACCACAUCUGCCCAGCGACUACCAACCUAGAGCACCACACGUCUGCUGUGCGCAAUGUCCUUGUCAAUGCCAACAGAAACAACCACAGGAACAUCAACAAAAUUAAAAGCAACGGCAGUUAAAAAAUGCAUAAAUAAAUAAAGUAUGAGUAAAAGAGACUUGCUUUUUCGGAUCUA